UUUCUGCUGAACUAUAGAGGCAAGCGAGCUGGUUAGUGACUCAAAAUACGAGUACACACACGACACCAAGCAAUUUUUCAUUAGUUUGGUGCCUCGAUGAACGUGUACCUGCAGCUUUUACAUCUUGGUGGCAGCGGACGAUAACGUUAUAAGCACCUACAUCAGUUUUUAUUGUCAAAUCACCGAAAUCAAUCGGCGGAUCGAUGGUCUGAUCGGUCGGUCGAUUGGUCCCUUUAUCGAUAUCGGACACGGCGACCCUCAAAAACGUCAAUCAGUCGACUUCGAUGGAUUUGCAAGCUAAACGCAAAAAAUUACUCAGGAAAUCGACGAAAGAAAAUCAGAUACAUUUGCAAAUCGACUCAUCCACAAACAACGAUGGCAACGGGGGUAAUCGUCACAGCGACGGCGACCUUACCGGCUACGCCCACAACGACGCCUUCAACACCAACUCAAACGCAACCAUCGCCACGAAUUUUCCGAAAAAAUUGAGCUUGGAAGAAAAAAAAUAUUUGUUAGCGGUACGAAAUGGGAAUUUGGCCUACGUGAAAAGAGUGAUCGAAGAUGCUCGUAAAUGCGCUUUGGAUGCGAAUACCGGUUCAAAUGAGGAUCAAGUGGAUAUAAAUUGUGUAGAUUCGUUGGGCCGAGGAGUGAUCACGUUGGCUAUUGAAAAUGAAAACCUCGAGAUGGUCGAAUUACUCAUCGUAAUGGGCGUUGAGCCGAAAGAUGCUCUAUUGCAUGCCAUAAACGCUGAAUUUGUCGAAGCAGUCGAACUACUAUUGGAAUAUGAAGAGCUCAUCUAUGUCGAAGGUCAAAAAUAUAGUUGGGAAAAAGUCGAUUGGAGUACAGCUGUUUUCACUCCUGAUAUAACCCCUUUGAUUUUGGCUGCGUGUAAAAAUAAUUUUGAAAUUUUGAAACUUUUAUUGGAAAGAGGAGCAACAAUACCUAAGCCACAUCAUAUCGGUUGCGAGUGUUCCAUUUGCUCUCAGGAAUCACGAAACGAUUCGCUGAGACAUUCCAUGUCUAGAGUAAACGAAUAUCGUGCAUUGGCCAGUCCGUCUUUGAUUUCGCUUACCAGUGACGAUCCUAUACUGACAUCUUUCAAGUUGUCUUGGGAGCUACGCAAACUGGCCAAGGAAGAGACCGAAUGCCAUAAAGAAUACACAGAAUUGAGAAAACAGUGUCAACAAUUCGCUGUCGAUUUGUUGGAUCAAACUCGAAGUUCGGAAGAAUUGGUCAUCAUUUUGAAUCAUUACAAUAAGGAUGACGACGCUUAUGACAACGAAGACUAUAAAGAGACUUGUGUGGGCAAAUGCAAAUGCACACCAUCGCCUACUAUGUCAUCUGAAGAUAUAGUCAAAUUACCAUUAAUACAAUUAGCCAUCAAGUACAGACAGAAAAAGUUCAUAGCUCAUCCCCACGUGCAACAGUUACUGUCGAAAAUCUGGUACGACGGACUUCCAGGCUUCAGAAGCAAAUCCUUGGUACAGAAAUGUUACAACAUCAUCGUGGUGGCUAUUCUGUUCCCUGUUUACUGCAUAUCUUACAUGCUGUUCCCAGAAUCCGAAUUUGGUCGAACUAUACAAUUACCCAUCAUGAAAUUUCUUGUACACGUCACAUCGUACCUUUUCUUCUUAGGAUUGUUGAUUCUGGUCUCUCAACGUGCCGAAGUGCUGGUUAUUCAGAUAAUUGGUACCGACAGAAUGAAACAAAAUCUAGUCAAGUCGAUGCAAAAACAACGUGGAAAUCUGCCUACUUACUUGGAAUGGAAUGUACUGAUUUACGUUUUAGGAUACAUUAAACAGCAAAUAUUGGAGAUGAGAAAAAUUGGCGUCGAAAAUUACGUACGUGGCAGUCUGUGGAACGUACUGGAAGUGAUAAAAAAUGUAAUCUACAUGUUAGUAGUGGGACUUCGAAUUUACGCAUACGUCAGCGAGCAGAUGGAAAUACAACGAGAUGCCAGCACCGCUUUCAUACCUCGUGAGAAAUGGGACACCUUUGACCCUGAAUUAGUAGCCGAGGCACUUUUCGCUACCGCCAAUAUUUUAAGUGCGCUGAAACUGGUUCAUAUAUUUUCGGUCAAUCCACACCUCGGACCUUUACAAAUUUCUCUAGGCAGAAUGUUUAUCGAUAUUUUGAAAUUUUUUUCCAUCUACGCUCUGGUGUUAUUUUCAUUUGCCUGUGGUCUAAACCAACUUCUGUGGUAUUACGCAUCACUGGAACGUAAAAAAUGUUUCACAUUGCCCAACGAUACUCCAGACUGGGAACAUGCCGCCGAAUCAUGCACGAAAUGGAGAAGUUUUGGAAACUUAUUCGAAAGUUUACAAACGUUAUUCUGGACUGGAUUCGGCGAAGUAGGAGUAGAUAGUUUCGAUUUGGCUGGAAUAAAUCCGUACACCAGAUUUUGGGCUCUACUCACCUUCGCAGCGUAUUCGGUUUUAAACGUUACCGUGUUGUUGAACUUGCUCAUCGCCAUGAUGUCCAAUUCGUACUCGAUAAUAGCAGAUCAAGCCGAUGUCGAGUGGAAAUUCGCCAGAACCAAAUUAUGGAUAAAUUUUUUCGAUGAAAAAUCCACCUUACCGUCACCAUACAAUGUUUUACCUACUAAGAAAACGUUUCGAUACGUUUGGUCACUUUUUCGACGAUUCGCAAGACUAUUGUGGAGGUUGCUGCAACGACUUCGACGAUUACGACGAUCCGAUUCAACGCAAUUGCAGAAACAGCAGCAACAACAUCACCAUCAGUCGUCAGUUUCGGAAAAACGACACGGACACCGGCGUCGCCGUCAACGAGUGCACUCAAAUUCGUACCGAGGCCAACCAAAUGGCAGCUUUUCUCGUGUAAUGCGAGCUCUGGUAUGGCGCUAUAUGUCUGCCAAGCAUAGGGAAUGCGAAACUAAUUUGGUAACCGAAGAUCAUUUGCAAGAGAUUAAAAGCGACAUAAGUGGCUUGAAAUUUCAUCUACUGGAUGCAUUGGAGAAAUGCUCCACCACCAACAUGACCACCACCGCCACCGCCACCGCCACCGCCGCUGCCGUUGCUGAUGAGCGUGAGAAGCAGCGAAUCAGGCCAACCACCUUAUCCCUCUCGACGCCAGCUACAACGACAGUACCUUCCAAUAAAAAACAACGAAGUUGGCAAAGGCAGCUGAUGAACGAUUUUCAUGUCGGUCUCAUCACCAGACGCUAUAGAGAAAGUAACGAGAAUACGCCUUCUCCAACCACAACUCCGCAAAAACAUUUGCUAAAAUUCCAUAGUUUAAACAGCGAGCAAGUCUUAUCGCUGUCUUUGAAAAAAACACAGAGCGCCAGCUUGCAUGGUUAUUUUCAAAAUCUAAGUGUUGCAGACGGGAGCGCCAUUGAUGGCGUGAAAAACGACCAAACAGCUGCAGCAAGCGCAGACGAAGCUACCAAACAACAUUCUCAGAUUGGAAAAUGCCGCAGUGAAGAAUCUUUGAAAAAACAAAUGCAACUGCAGAAAGCCAUUGAUGAAGCCGCCAUCUCCACUGGAACCAUAAAGGCGACUUUGUCGCAAUCCUCCAUCCUCCCAACUGGUUCCACCGCAGACACAGAACGCGAGGAGCCUAAAUCGUUGACACGCGAUCUUGUAAAAACUGUUCGAUUUGAAAGCUAAGAGCGAAUAGGAUGAAUUGGUCGAGUUCCAAUAAUUACCUAAAUUCUAUUUUAACGUGAAUGCAGGCGAAUUCUUUUUCAUGACGUGUGCUCUUGAUAAUAUGACGUCAUAGGGCAUACCAAUCUGCAUAUCUUAUCAGUAUUUCUGUUUUUCCGGUACCUUUAUAUAGUUUUUAUAUUCUUCUACUUCAAUUCUUAAUUUUUUCUUAAUAAAUUCUUACCGAAAAAAAUGACGAUGUUUCUCUCU